GGUCCAAUUCCCUUUCCUCCACCUCCACCUCCACCACCACCACCUCCCCCUCCUACUAAUUUUCCACUUCGCUUUCCAUCUCAUUGUCUCUUUCAAUUCUCACUCACUGCGCAUCUUGUCGCUCGAUAGACUCUCGUUUCGUCACAUCGAAACAGAGUCCCUGGUGGACCCGUCAUCAUGGUUCGCGAGGAGCUUAUCUCGUCUGCUAUCACCUUUCUCCAAGAUCCGUCUGUUGCCUCUUCGCCGAUCGAAAAGCGAGUCGCAUUCCUGCAGUCAAAGAACCUAACGAAAGAAGAGAUCAAUGUCGCUCUUUCGCGAGUAGGUGAAGAUCCGGCCGCAGCAGCCGCGGCGACAUCAUCUUCGAGCUAUCAGCCUUCUUCCCAACAAGCAGUCUAUCGACCACCUCCACCUCAACCACCUGCUCCGGGAUAUGGCUACCCACCGUAUGGUCAAUGGCAGCCCCCGCCAGAACCUCCAAAGCGGGACUGGCGGGAUUGGUUCAUUAUGGCUACCGUUGUGGGUGGUGUCGGAUAUGGGCUGUACACUAUCACGAAGCGAUAUAUCACACCCUUGAUCGCACCCCCUACCCCACCACAGCUGGAACAAGAUAAGCAGGAUAUUGAUGAGCAGUUCUCCCGUGCAUUUACGCUUAUCGAUCAACUCUCCACCGACACAGCCGCCCUGAAGUCUGCAGAAGAGGAGCGAUCCGAGCGACUCGACGCUGCUCUCAGAGAGGUCGAGACUCUUGUUUCCGAUAUGAAGAACGCAUCCCGUCGGAGAGACGACGAGACCCGCCGCAUCAGCGACGAAGUCAAAUCGUUGAAAGACGCCAUUCCUAAGGCUAUGGAGAGUGCUCGGGAAGGCAACGAGGAUCGUUUGAAGGAGCUGAGCACCGAAUUGAAGAGCUUGAAAGUUCUUCUGGGAAAUCGACUUGGUGGCGGUGGUAGCGGCGCCAGCUCGUCCAUCGCUGGACGGGCUGUGGGCGGCAUCCCUCUUCCGACUGCGUCACGGCCAGCCGAGGAGUCGGCCUCUGCCUCUAACGCAACAAAUGGAUCGACUGCGGGAUCGAUUGAACAGCCGUCGCAGUCCGCUCAGCCGAGCCCGAGUGCUAGUACUGCAUCCUUGGGCAACAACCCUCUUUCGCAAUUUGGUCGGUCUGCCUCUAUUCCCGCUUGGCAGAUGGCGGCUGCCAACCGAUCCAAAACAGCCUCCCCGGCGCCAUCGAAUGCCGCCGACAACUCCGCCGCCACUACCACGGCCAGUGAGCCUCAAAGCGCCCCAGCUAGCUAGACAGUACCCUACACAUUCUCAUGCGAAGCUUUUUGUCAGUCCAUCUAUUCCGAGUCCCCCGGGUAGGGCUGUCAUUGAUACCAUGAACAUGAAUAUGAUGCAGCGGUUGUACGUUUGGAAGUAACAGUCUCGCACUUGUAUAGUAGACGCUGCAUAAGAAGAAUUUAGCACAAGAGAUUCCAGGUAAUGCCAAAAUUGAUUAGCGCAGAGCAAAUAAUGAAUC